AACGUCAAGAGUGCGAAGCAGGAUAUUCAGCGUUUCCAAGAGAAGAUCGCCGCCCUUUCACAAGUCCUUCACUCUCUCGAUGAGCUGAUCCGUGGAUCUGAUGGCAACAAACUUACUGCUUCGCAAGACCUGGUCGACAAUAUUGCCAAAUGCUCCUCGGCACUUACAAAUUUGAAAGAGAGAAUCAACCCGGAAACGACGCAGAAACAGAUGAGGAAAUGGGGCCUUCGAGCCUUAAAAUGGCCAUUGGCACGGUCGGAGGUAGAUUUUGCUAUCAUGGAGCUUGAGUCGUACAAAACAACAUUUGCUUUGUCCUUGCAGGUUGAUCAAAUAUCGACCAAUUGGAUCCACAAAAAGAUAGACCUCAGCAGACUACAGACCGCAAAACAAGCAGCGUUCGACUCCUACGACAAUCAACACAGUGAAUGUCUCCCGGGGACCCGGAUUGACCUGCUUCGAGAAAUCGAAGAGUGGGCAAAAUCGCCACACGGAAAAUGCAUAUUUUGGUUGAACGGCAUGGCAGGGACAGGGAAAUCAACAAUCUCCCAAACAGUUGCAAGCCGUCUUCAGGAGCAGCAGCUUCUCGGGGCCAGCUUCUUCUUUCGGAGAGGUGAAGAGGACAGAGGGACAGCAAAAAAGCUUUUCCCAACAUUGACCGAGCAAAUGGUCAACAGAGUACCUCAAAUGCUGCCUCGAGUUCAAAAGGCAAUUGACGAUGACCCUAAUAUUUCGGAAAAGGUGUUGAGAGAACAAUUUGAAAAGCUUCUACUGGAUCCACUGUUUGAUAUUGAGCAGCGCGAAGAGACCACAAGAAGAGUGAUCGUGAUUGAUGCUCUAGAUGAAUGCGAUUCAGAAGAUGAUAUAGGGAUUCUUCUCCGGCUCUUGCCACAAGUUCGAAAGUCAACUUCUGUGCAACUACGGUUUUUUUUGACAAGCAGACCUGAGUUGCCGUUCAGGCUGGGUUUCGAAGGAAUCACCGAUGCCCACCAGGAUUUGGUCCUCCAUGAGAUCGAAAAGCCAGUGAUAGAGCAUGACAUAUCCUUGUAUUUUGAGGAUCAGUUCCUACGCCUAAAACAGAGGCGCUCAUUUCCACCAGACUGGCCGGGAGCCGCAGCUACCAAGAUAUUGGUUGAUAGGGCGGUCCCUCUGUUCAUUGCAGCUGCUACCAUAUGUCGUUUUAUCAGUGAUGUAAAAUGGAACCCUCAAAAGCGACUCGAGGCGAUAUUGACAGACCAAUCAACCUAUGUGUCUAAGAUGGAAAGCACCUAUGUUCCCGUGCUGAAGCAACUUCUCACUGGCCAAAAUGAAACAGAGUCACGGAAAUUACUCGAAGAGUUCAAGGAGAUAGUCGGGGUGAUCAUUAUUCUUGCCACUCCGCUCUCGAUCAACUCCCUUAGCCACCUAAUAGACAGAGAGUCAGAUGAUGUCAAAUGUCGAUUAGACCAGCUCCACUCGGUGCUCGGUGUACCAAACAAUUUCGACACACCAGUCAGGAUCCUCCAUCUGUCAUUCCGAGAUUUUCUCUUGGAUCACCGCGAAGACGAAAGCAAAUUCUGGAUCAAUGGAAAGUACGCAAACCAGCGUCUUGCAGAACGAUGCCGUCAGAUCAUGCAGGACAGCCUAGAGAAAAACAUCUGCAAACUGCCAAGCGAAGGCGUACAAUGGAAUGACAUUGGCAAUGAUUCGAUUCAGCAUUAUAUACCUCCCGAACUAAAAUACGCCUGUCGAUACUGGGUGCAUCAUCUGGUACAAUGCACGGACUUGCCUAGCAUGAUGCACAAUGUUUAUCGAUUUCUCCAGGUGCACUUUUUGCACUGGGUGGAAGCAAUGAGCCUACUGCGCCUUACGUCAGCAGUAUCAGGUAUUCUUGAUCUGCUCCAAACGGCCAUAUCGGUAAGUUCCGAAGAUAAUCAUAGAUGA